AUGUCUGGCGAUAACGGCGAGGGACAACACCACCACCCGCGACAGCCUUGGUCGCUGCCCUCAAACACGGGUCCCAGGGUCGGCCGCGUCGGCGCCUGGAGCACGUCUUCGUCCUCCACGAGUAGGAACAGCUCUGACGGGCGGAGGAUCGCCACUCUGCGCGAUAUGGGUGGGAGCGCGUCGUCUGGCGGGGGACAUGCCCAUGGCGGAGGCGAUGAUGAUGACGAGGAGGACGAGAAUGGCGAGGACCAAGGGGAAAGCUGGUUUGCUGGAGGAGAGAGGAGUGGGAUUUCAGUGCAAAAUCCGGGUAGACCCGGCGCCGUGCCAGGAGGAGAUAUCGUCCGAGACCUCUUACGCCGCGCGGCCGAAGCUGGUCCUCCACCCGAGGUCGAAAGUGGACCACAUGUGCACAGCUCGGUGUUCACUGGCGGUGGCCACACUCUGGGCAGCGAUGAAGUCGAGAGCGUCUAUGUGCCCGAUCCGAACGCCCCAGAACCAGAAGAAGAGACUGCGAUUCGCCACCUCACAUUCUGGCGCGAGGGCUUUAGUAUCGAGGAUGGCGACUUGAUGCGCUAUGACGACCCGGGGCAUGCGCAGGUUCUCGCCGAAAUUAACUCGGGCCGCGCUCCGCCUCACGUCUUGAAUGUCCUUCCCGGCCAGCCUGUGGAGCUACGCGUGGUGAAGCGCCUGCAGGACGACUUUGUGCCUUCGGCGAAAGUGCAGGCGCGAACCUUCUCUGGGCAUGGCCACCGUCUCGGCUCUCCCGUCCCCUCUUUCGCGCCUGCCCCUGCAGCGAGCGGAAGCAGCAGCGGUGGAGGAGCUAUGCCAGGCUCGUUUCCUCUUAGCACGAGCAGGAGUCCCGCCCCUCCCGCUGCUGAGCGCUCGAGCAUCAACACGCGGUUUGAGGUCAAUCAAACACUGCCGACGACCAGCGUGCAGAUCAGGCUCGCGGAUGGGACGAGGAUGGUCUGCCGAAUGAAUCUCUCACACACGGUGGGGGACAUCCGUAACUUCAUCAACGCCUCCCGUCCCGAGAAUAACACGCGUCCGUAUACGAUUCAAACGACAUUCCCGACCCGUAUUCUGGAGGACGACGCACAGACGGUCGAGGCUGCAGGGCUAGUCAACAGCGUUGUCGUGCAGCGGUGGGUAUAG